CAAAAUCUCGAUCAGUUUGGUCUGCCGGUUGUGUGGUAACGUCGCGUUCAAGUGAAUUAGAGUGUCAUAUUGGGAGUAUAAUAUAGUGUGUACAUAAGAGUUAUGCGAAGCUGUUUAUAGAAAAUCGGCAGCUUCACAGCCAGAGACAGAGGAUUUUCCAAACGCUUAGUUAUUUGGUACAAACAGAGUAGAAAUUUAAGAGUCGGUAUCUAUCGAAAGCUUAAGAUAAGAAUAAUUUAGGAGGACAAUGGACAAAGUAGAGAAGAUAACGGACACUGACGCGGAGUAUGUGAAGCGCAUGAUGGAUCGCAGGAGAGAACACAACCGCUCGUUCGAGCGCUAUUCGAAAAGUUUGCGACGCCGGCUGAGUAUCCUGGAGGCGAUCAAUCAAAACAUGAACCUGACUUCGCCGACGACCGAUGUACAGUACGAGGGUAAUCCCUUCGAGCGGGAGUUCGCCAACACGAGCGGAAUCACCGAGGAAAUCGAGCGUCAACAGACCCGCAAUAAGGAAAUUUCGUCGUCGAUCUCGUACGUUGUGGGUACAGAGGUCGCUUCCUCAGCAGACGAUCUCCUGUCGUCGCAGCGUACGUACAGCGUCGAAUCGUCCAUCGAUAAAAACACGCAGCAACCGGGCGACGAUCGAGAGGCCAGUUGCCAGAGCGAAUUUUCCAACUCCGACAACGAAUCGUCCGACGAAAAGUGCAAUAGCAUCGAGUAUGACAGCUCGAGGCAGUUCCAGCGGGAGAUGAUCGAGGAAGCCAGUGAAAAGAAGAAAACCGCCGACAACAACGGAUACGUCCAGUUCAAGGAUAUUUACACGCAGCCGAGGUUGUCCAUGGGAGAGUACUUCAGGAGUUCUACGCGUAAAGAUCUGAGCAUGCAAGACUUCGUGAACGAAUCCAGGAGCUUCGACGAGGAGUUCGAGUGCGGCAACGCGGAGCUGCAGCUCCAGGGCGCGGACGUGUUCUUCGGGGCCCGUGUCCUGGAGAUCCUCGAGCCGGAAGUCGUCAACGUCGAGCGCAAGAGCAGCGUCGGCCCGAUGACCUCGGCCGCCGCGCGACGACGUGCCUCGGACAUGGCUAUGAUACAGGACAAUUUGCGAGAGAUGCAACUGCAGGAGGAGAGCCCAGAGAUCAACGAUUCCACGUCGAUGUCCUUCGGGUCGGAGGACAUCCGGGAUAUCGAUCGGGAAAUCGACAAGCUUCAGCUUGAGUUGGGUGUCCUCGAUUACGAGGAGCAGAAGUCGCCGCCGGUGAUCGGCGAAACCCCCAAGAGCAAGAUCUACCCGUCUCUUGAUCUCGUCAGAAGGAUGUCCGAUAACUUCACCCCCAAGAAGCUCUUUCACACUUCACCCACUGAGAAGCCGGUCGAGACUACCGACCUCGACAUCAACUUCAACACGUCGAAAGGUAGCUUCGAAGACCAACCGAAACCAUCCAGCCCACCGGAGUGCGACGUAAUGAUGUACAGGUCGCCGAUGGCUAUACCCACUUCCCACUCGAACGACGCUGAGUACUCGAAUGUGCAGCGGUAUGAGGACCAGCACGAAACGUCAGAAGUGUCUUUCAUCAAGCGCAACACGAGCUUCCUCAUGAACAAGCUGCACCUGCCAAAAUUCGGACGCCGGAAGCCGAAUCUCGAGUCAACGAGGAAGAUCUUCAGCAGCGGAGGAAAGACGCUGUCCCCGACGUCGCAGAUGGGCAGCAUGAUAUCGACUCUCACUCUACCGAACACACCGUCCGGUCCUCCGACUGCCGAUUUCACGAAUGCUGCGCAGCAGUCCCAGCAAUUGCAGCAGGUCUAUAGACACAAUGGACAGCGACGCAAUAUUGAUGGCACUCUGCCGUAUGAGGUGGAGAAUUUUUUAGAGGCAGCUCUCGGUGACGAGCAUUUAAACUCGAGCUUCUGCACCUUUUCCUAUUCGGAUAUGAGGGAUACCAACUCGCAUAUCAACGCAAGCGAACUCAUAUCCGAGGUAGCUACUCCGACGAAAAAUAGAAAGGUGAAAAGGAUUCCCAAUACCGAGCCCUCGAACAACCGAAGCAAGCUCAAUCGAACUCUCACCAUUUACAAAACACUGACGCAGAGAAUAAAAGAGAAAUUCCGCGGAAGCGUGAAGGAUCCACAACCUUUGAAUCAGUCGCAAGAUCUCCUUCCGAAUAUAAACCCGAACGACCUGAAGGACAACGUGAAAAAGCUGCUGGCAGAGGUGGACAUUCAGCAGACCGUGAUCUACCAGGCGAGCAAGGCCCUCGAGCUUUGCAACUCAAUGCGAGCCUUCAUAGCCAGCCCGGAACGCGUCGAAUCUGAGCGCCUGCUCAUGCUGGCAAAGUUGCGCAAAAAGGCCGCCCAGGACGAGAUCAGCCGACUGACCAGCCAAAGCGUGGACAACGGACUCUACUGCGAGCGGGGCGAGAUCACAAUCAAAGAACUGAGCUUGCAGCUGCGCGAGGAGGUGCUCCGGCGUGAGCGUCAGGGCGGUGACGUGAUCGAGUGGCUCGUCUGUGUGGUCUCCGAGGGCGCGACCGUCUGGGCAACCCAGGCAGUCGAGUGCCCUACCACCAGCCCGCGACUCUACUUCCCUGGCGAGCUCUCUCUUCCUGGACUUCCACCUGACUUCAGGCUCACGGUCACCGUCUACAGUCUCAAGAUGCCCAAGCAGUUGAUGUUCAACCACGAGGACAAGUAUCGUAUCCAGAAAAGCAGCGAAGCGCGCAGAAGCUUGACCUGUCCCUCGCCGCAGACGCUGCUCAUGAGGUCCGAGAAGCGAAGGACGCUCACCUCGCCCAAGCAGCACGAGAUCAGGUUCUCCGGAAUACAGGAGACGUCGUUCGUCGUCAGCGGCAGCGUCGAUCUUAUGCUGCACGACCUCAACCUCAAGUCGCCCUGGCCUCUCAGCGGGAUACUUCCCAAUUCGGUACUGCAUGGCACGAUAGACUUGAGCCUCUCUUGCAGGCUGGAGCUGUCCGUCUUCCAUACGGGUUUCCUGACUCACGGCGACGAAGCUGGCGGUCUGACGGCGUGGAACCGACGCUGGUGCGUUCUCAAGGGCCAUAAUCUAUUGUUCUGGAACUAUCCCCGCGAGCAAGAGUGCAAGCCGCCGCUUUACUCCAUCGACCUCGUCAAAUGUGUAUCGAGGCGCAUCGGCCUAAUCGACAGGAGUCUCUGCGCGAAACCUAGGACUCUGCUCAUUGAAACGUCCAGGAGCCGCAAUGCCAUUGACCGAGAUAGCAUUUUCGUAGAAUGUAGAUCCACUUGCACGGUUGUCAGGCAUUUGCUGUCGUGCGAUACCUAUCAGGAUUUGAUGGAAUGGCAGUCGAAGCUGAAUCACGUCGCAUCUGCUCUACGCGAAUGGAGCAUAAUUGCAUGCGAAAAGUUUUAAGUUUUAAGUUUUCGAGCUGAUUACAUUUUUUUAAUUCAUCGAUAAUUUUUUAACUGUUGCAAAUCAAAAAAAUACUAAAUAAUUUUAUUUUUUAGUAGCUAUUUUCUAAGAUUGUUUAUCAUGACGAUGUUGAGUAUAAGUACAUAAGGUUGUAAUCGAAAGAUUUUAUUAAUUUGUAGUUCAUCACGUGACAGACCAUUUUUUGUACGUAUGUAUAAAUAAUAAUGUGAUUAAGCAAUACAAUUUUUUUACAUUGAAA